AGGCGGCGAGAAACAAAAAACCCAGUUCUCAAGAUAGUUACUUACAGCUUACAUUAGUAUUGGUUGCGUUCGCCGCAAUAUUUCUUUUUGGCCGACGAGAUAAAAAGAAAAAGAAUAUGAUCAAGAAUACAAGAGUCAAAAGUUAGAAGGAUCAAAAAUUUCCUCUUUGGUCUUCAAGAUGCCUCCAAUUUCUUCCAACAUCUCAACAUCAUGAUUCGGGGGAAACCGCCGCGGCGGCGCCUCAGUGCGGCUGUUGCGACCUCACCGCGCAGUUCCUCCGAAAGUGCGACGCCGUUCCGGAGCUUGAUAACGCGGCAAAACGAACGGAAGAGCCGCCAGCCUCCCCCGCAAAUUCUACCUGUUGAAGUGAGGAAAUCGGAUCCACCACAAGCAGACAACAACCGCCUGCGCAGUUCGGGCAACUACAGCCUCAACACGGGGCAACAUGACGAAAGGUCAGCAGCAGGUUUGCCCCCUCGACGACUCACGUCCGGUCGUGAGUCGGUGCGGAGUGCGGCCUCAUCGUCGAAGCCCCGUCGAGUCAAGCGAAGCCCCGUCGAGUCAAGACGCGUGAAGGAUCAGAUCAAGCACGAAAUGCAGCAAGUUUUGCAGCAAGAAGACGAUGUUUCUAUGGUGCCUAGUAUUGGCAGUAAAGCAACUACGUCGAUGAAGAACCACCAGCAUCCUUGGUCGCCGAAGCAAGCCCGGUCGCCGAAAGACAAAGAUCAAGUUCUCCAAGCAGAAAAUAGCAAAGUAUCGCCGAAAUCGAAACGACACAAGCCCUCCGUGAAAGAAAAGUUCCUUGAGAAAAUGACCAUCGGGGGGCCGCGAGGCGGGAGUAAAGACGGGAUUCUUGCAAACGAGCAGUCUUCGCAGCAGCAGCAGCUUCCGGCCGCCGGCAAAGCGAGUAAGGCGAUCAAUGUCAAUGCGGUAGACCACCGACUGCAUCAUGGCGACCAAGCGCAACAGCAAGAUCAUCUUCGUGAAAGCGCCGAUAAAAGAACUACAAACACCGAUCUUCAACACCAUCAUCAGCAAGUUCUCCUGAAACCGAUGAAGCUUCCGCAUUCGCCGUUGGCCUCUCGGCGGACACGUCCACAGACCGGCGGUGGCUCGCCCGGAGGGGCUGGCGGAUCAUCGUCUCCAGUUGCAGCUUAUGCAUUGCAAAAGUUGUAUCUCACUAAUCCAAAUUGCAUCACAAUUUUUUUCAAGAAGAAAAAUGGAAUUUGUAAUGCUGAUUUGCCUAAAAAGGGAUAUUUGUGAUGCAUGAUAGCAAUUACAACUACGAGUACGAUUACGAUACUUUUGCACAGGAUACAGCUUCGCAGUUCGAAGACGCUCCGGUUGUCUCGCCACGAGAUACGAGUCGGAAUCUGCUUUCGAAAGCUGCAGCUGCACAAGGCCAGCAAAGUUACAACCAGCAGGCCCAGGCGCAAGGUCAAUUAUGUCUUCCGCUGUCCCCAGCGCAGCAGCGUAAUCAUCAGCUACAUCCUCAGCAGAAGAAUCAGGUUCCGAGUACGCAGGACGCAGCCGAGGACCAGUACAGCAAGAAGAGGCUAGAUGAGCAGACCUCCUCCUUCAUUCUGCCGAAGUUGGUAGGGGCCGCGGUCGCAUGA